AUGUCACUCUCGCAGUGUUUAAUGUCCGAGAAGCCUCGACAUGCUGCUAAACAACACGCAAUGGACAUCAUUCAAACUUCACAGAAGCUUGAAGCUACGCAACCUGUUGGUGCAAGAUCCUCACCACCACCACCACCACCCACCAAGUUUUGGCCCUUGCUUCUGGUUAUGGCGGCGAUUGAAGUUAAGGACUUGAUAUAUCGCGAAGGGGCAAUCAAUAUGCUUGAAGUUAAUCAGAAAGUGGCCGAGGAUAACUACUCCUGGUUUAAGAAGUUUGUCGAAAUUGUUAUCGAGCGUAAAGAUCAGGUCUCUGUGCGACUCGAUUGGGGUGUGAUUCUUGGAGGACUAAAAGAUGGACUCGUCAUGUGA